AUGCAUUCUAAAAUUAGACAAAAGGACUUCAUGAACGACUCUGGGUACUUCAAUAACGUUCACAUCCUCAACGAGCUGCUGAGGCACUCGAACGUCAAGACUGGCGUGGUCGUAACGCACAUGACUCAAGCUGACGAGACACUCCAAUUUAGCGUGAUGGGCAACAGCGGUGGAGUAGUGGUAGAUGUUAUGGGUCUACUUAUAUUAUCAGUCGCUGUGCGCUGCGCGGAUGAUCAAGUAUUUAGAGAACUCCACACAUACGACAUCGACAUAGCAGUACUCAGCGAAACAAAGAAGAAAGGACAAGGAAACAGCUACAAAGAUGAAGCUAUGGAUUCUUGGUUGAAGAAACGUGACUCGCUUACGUUGGGGAGUAUUUUAGAUACGAUGGCACCACACAAGAAAGUAGUCAUAGCCGCACAAGAUUAUGAAGGCUCAUUCGGUUGGAACAGCGAUGUUCUCAAUCUUGCAGAGAAGCUGCAAUUGGUACAAAAGGCGUGA